AUGGCGCCUCAUCCCUUGGAUGCGCCCACCCUCCAAGUGCCUCGAGAGACCCAGCAACCUUUUCCUGGAGCCUCGGACCAUGAAGUGCUGAGUUCCAAUUCCACCCCUCCUAGCCCCGCUCUCAUAGCGAGGGACUGCUCCGAAGCAGAAGCGGGUGACUGCCGAGGGACCUCGAGGAAGCUCCGUGCCCAGCGAGGAGGGCGCAACAGGCCCAAGAGCGAGUUGGCACUGAGCAAGCAGCGACGAAGCCGGCGCAAGAAAGCCAAUGAUCGGGAGCGCAAUCGUAUGCACAACCUUAACUCGGCGCUGGAUGCUCUGCGCGGUGUCCUGCCCACCUUCCCGGAUGACGCCAAACUUACAAAGAUCGAGACCCUGCGCUUCGCCCACAACUACAUCUGGGCACUGACUCAGACGCUGCGCAUAGCGGACCACAGCUUCUACGGCCCGGAGCCUUCUGUGUCCUGUGGGGAGCUGGGUAGCCCAGGAGGUGGCUCCAAUGGGGACUGGGGCUCUAUCUACUCCCCAGUCUCCCAAGCUGGUAGCCUGAGCCCCACGGCCUCAUUGGAGGAAUUCCCUGGCCUGCAGGUGCCCAGCUCCCCAUCUUGUCUGCUCCCGGGCGCCCUGGUGUUCUCAGACUUCUUGUGA